AAAUCCAUGGUCAUUAUUCUCUACCAAGUUUUAAGCCAACACACCCAGUACUUCCGGAAAUGGAUGAGUUUCAAGGCAAACCUGAUCCUCAACUCCCUCGAGAUUGUAUUUUGGGGUGCUGUUGCAUUCUUGACCCUCCAAGCAAACACACAAUCUUGCCAGGGCGUUACUUGCGCCCUCGGAUGGGUUAUCGUGGUGUUGGCCAUCAUCAUGUGCAAACUGUCUUUUUACGAAGCGGGCGUUUCUUAUUUCGAGUACAAGGAUUACAAG